UCUUCGCGUCCCCAUUGAGCCAGCUUUCGAGUCUUCAUUUACGCUCUCUGCUCAGCUCCACCAGUCGCCGAGAGUUCGCUAGCGCAGGCUCCGAGGCCCUCGCGGACCUUUUUCCGCGUGGCUUUCCUCCUUCUUCCCGGCAUUCCUGUUUCCGCUUUCUCUUGGCUCUCUGGCUUUUGUACCAGGGCACUUCGCGCCCUGGGGUUCGGUGACGUCAUCUUCCUGCGCUGCGCGGACACCAGCCUCUGGAAGAAGGAACAGCCAAGCCGCCCUUUGCCUCUUUUGUUGGGCUGCUGCUCCUUCAAGAAGCAUGGCGCCAUCGCUGUGGAAGGGGCUGGUAGGCGUCGGCCUCUUUGCCCUAGCCCACGCUGCCUUUUCCGCUGCGCAGCAUCGUUCUUAUAUGCGAUUAACAGAAAAGGAAGAUGACUCACUGCCAAUAGAUAUAGUUCUUCAGACACUUCUGGCCUUCGCAGUUACCUGUUAUGGUAUAGUUCAUAUUGCAGGGGAAUUUAAAGACAUGGAUGCCACUUCAGAACUAAAAAAUAAGACGUUUGAUACCUUAAGGAAUCACCCAUCCUUUUACGUAUUUAAUCACCGUGGUCGAGUAUUGUUCCGGCCUUCGGAUACAACAAAUUCUUCAAGCCAAGAUGCAUUGUCCUCUAACACAUCAUUGAAGUUACGAAAACUCGAAUCACUGCGUCGUUAAUUACAAAUUAAAUAACAGGACAGGACACAGAGUUGAAUAUUGGAGUUUGGGGUAUAAAACACUCCCCCUUAUCAGUAUUUAUAUUGAUCUUUCAGACCUAGUUUUUAAAAAAAAAUCUAUGGCCCUUAUUUGUACAUUGCUAAUCAAAUUAUUGAUGGAGUAUAAGUUAUCUGUGAAAUGAAUCUUUGAUCUUUCAUAAAGAGAAUUUUUUCAUUUGAAACAAUUCACAUCUUUUGUAAAAGUCACUGUUUUAAACACAUUUCCUUGAAAAAUGCUGGUGGUUUUUGUGAUUAUUUAUUUUCUUAGAUUUCUUUUGCACUACAGUUUUUAGGAAUCCUUUUGGGAAUACUGUGUGACUACUGCAUUUUGCAGCAUGAAUUACAGUAAAAUGGUCUUCAUUUCUUCCCUAAUGAGACCAAAGUGGUGACUUCUCAAUUUUUGUCAUGUCCCUCAAAAGGUGGGACAUGUAUCUGCUUUAGCAGAUACUUGCCAGUUUUUACUUUAUCCGUGACUUCUCACCCCACCCCACUCCCAUAUACCUUCUAACAUCAGCUGUCUUGUUUCAUCACUUCUCCAAGAUUCUGGGGGCAGUGAACAAUUUUUGUGUCAGAAAUUCUGUCAUAACAAAUAUAUUUAACAAGAAGCUAAACUUGCUGUAAAGCUACUUUAUGUUCUCUCCAGUUAGCUGUAAACCUUUUACUGAUUAAGUAAUGUAAGAAUAGAUGAAGACAGACCAAAAAAGAUCAUUUGUGUGUUCAUCAUCUUGCCUCUAUAGAAGAAGAAUAAUCAUUAAGAAUAAUGGAUUACUUGCCACUUAGCCAGUUUCACUUAUUCAAAGUCUGUUAGUUUAUUUCAGGGAACUCGUGAAAAUAAAGGAAACUUCUCAGUAAUCUAAAGGCAGACUCAAAGGCAUUGAGCCAAAUACAUUCUAAGUAUUUGGAAGUAAUAUUUUUAAUUUUCCAGAAAAUUAAGAUCAUUUAAGAAAUUGUUUUAUAGCUGGCUUAGUUUUCCAUCUUCACUGUACGGUGCUGCAGGUGAGGAUGUAAAUCAAGUUGAAUUUUUUUCAGAAACAGUAUUUUACUCUUUGGGAAAUUUGGCUAGCUCUUUGAGCUAGAAAACUGCAGGAAGCUCAACCUUUUUUUUUUUGUAGCGAGUACUGCUCUUAUUGAAUUGCACAGGCCUAAAGGCAUUGCUUUUGUGGAAUUGUAUAGGUGUAAAGGGAAUAACUGUGUGCAGGUUUCAAAAGGAAAAAUACUUAAGGCAAGAGUCAUAAGGUGCCCUUGUACUUUUUUAGUUUAUUGUUUGAAGCAGGGUCUUGCUAUCAAGAUGCCCUUAUCCUUGAUGGCAUUUUUCCCCAUUACAAAUGAACCUCAGCUCUUCCAUUCUGCCUGGUAAUGCACAACUCCAAAGAAUGAGAUUAUUUUGUCAUUAGAUUUUUAUUCUUUAUUUUUGUUUUGUCAGACUAGUCUAUGGAACACUGACUAUGCUGUCUAAUGAGAACAAAGUUAGAAAUCUGCAGAUUCCCCACAAUAAUUCAGAAAUGUGUUAACCAUGGGAAGUCAAGGAUUAAAGUGAUCACAAUGAAGCCAAAAUAGCAUGGGAGAAACAAGCUCCUUACAUUAGGCUUGUCUACUGUUUCCUGGCAUGUGACUUGAUUUGGAAGAGCUCCUUCUUUUCUUCUUUUUUGGAGCUGUCAUUUUCCUAAUAUGUUUUCAUAACAAUGUUACUGAGAAAUAAUUCACAUAUCUUGUAAUACACACAUUUAAAGGGUACAAUUACAUGAUUUUUUAAGGUAUUCACGAAGUUGUACAACUAUAUCUCUGUCAAAUUUAGGACAUUUCCUUACCCCAAACAGAACUCUGCACUAUUGAGCAGCCACCUCUUA